GAGGGGGAAAGGGGUGGCUUUGCCUUGCUUGCUCCACUUUAAAUACCUUUGCACAGAGCUCUGGCCACUAUAGUAAGGUCAGAAGGCUUCACCUGCAGCGACAAAGGGGCCUCUCUGAGUGGGCACCACUGCCUCUGCCACAUGGACACACAGCACUGCAAAAUGAAUGGUGACCCUUUCCAGGAAUCUAUGUACAUUGAAGAGUCCUCAUAUAAAAAUGGUGUGAUAUCUUUGAUUUUCUCUCUGAAAGAAGAAGUUGGAGCAUUGGCUAAAGUUUUGCGCACAUUUGAGGAAAAAGGAAUAAACCUGACCCAUAUUGAGUCCCGACCUUCCCGACUCAACAAAGAUGAGUAUGAAUUCUUCAUUAAUUUGGAAGGCAAGAAUGUUCCAGCACUGGACAAGAUCAUCAAGUCCUUGAGAAAUGAUAUCGGAGCAACAGUCCAUGAGCUUUCACGAACAAAGAAGAAGGACACUGUGCCAUGGUUCCCAAGAAGUAUCCAAGAGCUGGACAGGUUUGCCAAUCAGAUCCUAAGCUGUGGAGCAGAACUGGAUGCUGAUCAUCCUGGGUUCAAAGAUCCUGUGUAUCGGGCCCGGAGGAAGGAGUUUGCAGAUAUUGCCUACAACUACAAACAUGGCCAACCUAUUCCUCGAGUCACCUACACAGAAGAAGAAAGGAAAACUUGGGGCACCGUCUUCAGGGAGCUGAAGAGUCUCUAUCCAACUCAUGCUUGUUAUGAACACAAUCACGUGUUCCCACUGCUGGAGAAGUACUGUGGCUACCGGGAGGACAACAUUCCCCAGCUUGAGGAUGUUUCCAAAUUCCUGCAGACCUGCACUGGAUUUCGCCUGCGUCCUGUUGCAGGCUUGCUCUCCUCUCGGGAUUUCUUGGCUGGGCUGGCAUUCCGAGUAUUCCACUCUACACAGUAUAUUCGCCAUGCGUCCAAGCCCAUGUACACACCAGAGCCUGAUAUUUGUCAUGAGCUGCUAGGACACGUGCCUCUUUUUGCUGAUCCCAGUUUUGCUCAGUUUUCCCAGGAAAUUGGACUGGCAUCUCUGGGAGCUCCGGAUGAUUUCAUCGAGAAACUUGCUACGGUUUAUUGGUUUACAGUGGAGUUUGGACUAUGUAAGGAAGGCGACUCACUCAAGGCAUAUGGUGCAGGGCUGCUGUCUUCAUUUGGGGAGCUGCAGUAUUGUCUAUCAAGUAAGCCUGAGAUUCAGCCUCUUGUCCUGGAAAAGACUGCUGUGCAGAAGUACCCUGUUACUGAGUUCCAGCCAAUCUACUAUGUUGCUGAAAGUUUCAAAGAUGCAAAAGAAAAGCUAAGGAAAUUUGCUCAAAUGAUCCCUCGUCCUUUCUCUGUUCGGUACAAUCCCUACACCCAGAGGAUUGAAGUCUUGGACAAUGCAAAGCAGCUGAAGAACUUAGCUGACACUAUCAAUAGUGAGAUGGGAAUCCUCUGCAAUGCCCUCCAGAAGAUAAAAUGAAGAUUUGCUGUAACAUAUCAGUCAUUGCCUACUGCCUAGAAACUGCCUUGUGCAGCCCCAGUCUUCAUCUAGCCUCUGCCUAUUAUCUUCCUGUACACUGCAUGAAUGCCUAUGAUAUAUAUCUUAAUUUCUAGAGAUUAGCAAAAAAACAGACAUUUGCAGAUGACCCUUGACACUUUUAGCCUUCAGACACUUAUAAUUUUUUCUCACUAAUGCAUAAAAAUGACCUUAUUUUUGGGAAUCUGGGGAAAGCCUCCGUAAGUCUUGUGCCAAAGGUUAACAGAAGAGAGAGAUCUCCACCAUGCAGAGCUAUAGUCUGCUGCAGCUGUGUGGCUGCAUUACCACACUGGGCCCACAGGCAGACUAAUCCACCUUGCUUUCUCUCAAAGUCAUUCUCCCCUCAGUCCCUCAAUUUUGUGCAAUGUUUCUGUGGAGUCCCAAGCUCUACACCUUUCAGGGGGUAUACAUAUACUGCUUAGCCCUCU